GUGCACGUUGGCUGUAGUUACCGUUUGACGGACCUUUCGAGGUAGGGUGUUGCGUUAAGUAUGGCUGCCAUCCUAGGAAGAACAUCGAGGCAAGCUCUUUUAAGAGCCCAUUCGUUGUCUCACUCUUCUCAGGCCAAUUUUUUUUCAUUUAAGGGCAAACAAGGAAAGAAAUGGGUGUUUGCAUUAGUUGGAACAGCAACAGCAGGGGUUGUGGGUGUAGCAGCAGCUUUGGCCACCCCAGUGUUAGCUGAGGGCUUGCAAUUACAUGCCCCUAAGUUUCCAUGGAGCCACAAUGGCUUGCUUAAUGCCCUUGAUGCUGCUAGCGUGCGACGUGGUUACCAGGUAUACAAACAAGUGUGUGCAGCAUGUCACGGUAUGGAUUACCUCUACUACCGAAACCUGGUGGGCACAAUCAUGGAGGAGGAUGAAGCCAAAGCAGAAGCAGAAGAGAUAAUGGUUGACGAUGGCCCUGAUGAGGAGGGCAACAUGUUCAAGCGACCAGGCAAGCUGUCUGACCGCUUUCCCAACCCAUACCCUAACCCAGAAGCAGCACGAGCAGCCAAUUCAGGAGCUCUGCCCCCUGACCUGACCUACAUUGUCAGUGCCCGACAUGGAGGAGAAGACUACAUAUUUGCAUUGCUGACGGGAUAUUGUGAUCCACCUGCUGGUGUCACACUUCGAGAGGGUCUCUACUACAACCCUUACUUCCCAGGCGCUUCUAUUGCUAUGGCUAAGGCACUUUACAAUGAAGUCAUUGAGUAUGAAGAUGGAACUCCUGCCACGGCUAGUCAAUGUGCUAAAGAUGUAUGCACAUUUCUCAGAUGGGCAGCGGAGCCUGAGCAUGAUACACGCAAACAGAUGGGACUCAAGGCAGUGGCGCUGCUCUCCCUGUUGCUGGCAGUUUCCUACUAUUUCAAGCGACACAAGUGGACAGUACUAAAGAGCCGCAAAAUAGCAUUCAAGAAAUAAAUAAUUCUGCUGGUGAGUCUACCACUCAAUGUGAAGAACAAUACCAGCCAAAUUUAUCUUCAGAAGAAUUGCAGGAACACAGCGGUAGAGUUCAUUGUAGUGUAUUAACAGUGAAAGUUUGAAAUUGACAGCCUCAUUAUUUUACAUUAUGGUAUCAGUGUGAUUUUUAAGGAGUCUUUUGUAUUGGACAGUCAAUACAGCAUGGACAUGAAUAGUUGUGACUGGGGACUUUUGCUUAAUGGUUAGGUAUUUUAUUGGAGAAGCCGAUUAAAAACAAGUCUUGGCCAAAUAGAGAAUCCACAUUUCCUGCCUAGCUGGAAAGUCAAAUUCACUUGUGUUUGUAGGAAAGUAAUAGAGGCAUUAUGCAUAUCUUUCUGGCUUUGUCUGUUUCUGUUAGUUUGAAACGUUACCAUAUUUAUAUUGCUGUGUUAUCUGUCCAUGGCUGACCACACAACACAGAAAGCUUAUCUUAUGAGAGAUCGCAUUAGAGCAUUGUGUCAAGUAAGCUUGAAAAAGGAAUGUUCAUAAAAAUAUUCUGAGCUUCUUGUGAUGAUGUGCUGUGCGAUAACUGCAGUGUGUGCCUGCAAUUCAUGAUAUGGAUGAUAUAAUAGGUGUACAAAUGUUAGAAAUGGAAAGACCUCAUUGUACAAUGUGAUUAAACAUUGUGACAUGUUUCUCACCA